AAAUGAUUCUCAUGUUGUGAGUGUGUUUCAUACAGUAGCUAAUCUCUUCUUAAGAGGGAUAUCUAGUGACAGGAUAGACUGGAUAUUAAUAUGUGCACUCAGAGAGAUUGUCCUUAUGUUGAAGACAGAUAUACUGCAGUGAAUUCAAUCCAAACAGUGUUGUGCUGCAAAUACACAAAAUAUGAAAAUAUACUGUACACAGAUAAAAAGAUUUUUCUGUGCAUUCUGUGGCCUUCUGGUAAGUAUAAUUGAUUUGCAUAAGUCUUGCACUAAAUUUAAAAAGGAAAUCUGCAUCCAAACUAUAUUGAAAUAUCCAGAUCAUAGAUCAUUUCCCGUUUUUACAGGUGCAACCCCCUUCAUCCUGUUUGCUGUUGCUUGCGCAGAUGCGUAGUGUGUGUUAAGCCGGUGUAAUUCUCAUGUGAUGGAUGCUCACUGUGGGAUUAUGGAGAGGCGCUGAGGUGUUUUGUAGUUAAGACUUCCACACUGUCCCAGCACUUUUCUAAUACAACCUCCUCAACAUGAAGACUGUCCUUGCCACACUGGUCCUGUUCGCCGCUGUGCUACACAGUGAGGGGUUGAAGUGUUACAGCUGUGUAGCAAAUAACGCGGACGAGUGUUUCCAGCAGGGCUCGACUGUGUGUCCUGCUCAUUCAGAUGCCUGCUCUACCAUCACAGGACCCAACUCUGUGAUGAAGUCAUGCGCUUACAAGUCCUUCUGUGACAAGUCUCACAGGAGCAAUGGGGAGAUGAAGCUGGAAUGCUGCUUCAGUGACGACUGUAACGGCCCUCACCGGUCCCACAGCCAUGGGGAGCACCACAACACCGCCAUGAGCCUGAGCUCCAGCCCCGUCCUGCUGCUGGGGGUCCUGCUGCUUAGACUGGCUCUCAGUUCCCUGUAAACCUGAACACAGAGUCCCUCAGUCAUACAUGGAACAUAAAUACAUAAAUAAAUGAUGGAGUACAAGUGUUAAUGUAACAGAUAGAUGAGCUUUUGUCUCUUGGGCGGCAGGAUAAUCUGUGUGUUUUUGCUGUUACACAUAAAGGGGUUAAAUAAACACUGCUUAGAUUUGCUGUUCAUCUCUUUUAUUUUCUGUUGUAUGUGAGCUCAAAUGAGCAUCUGCUAAACUAAUGAAUAAAUAAAUGAC